AUGUCAAGGCCUCCAUCUGCAUCUGAGACUACCCCCUCGACUCCCCCGGUGACACCUGCUGCUUCUGCCCAACAUGAUUGCUCUGGACGCCCGAGCUCUCUACAUAGCAAGCAGCGGCGCCACCGCGAUGUUCGGGACCAGCUCGUUCAUAUUGAUCCUCAACACGUUCCCUCUCCAUCCCGCGCUGAAUCCCCCACGGCUCGGCAGUGGGCCAACCCCUCGUCCAAUUCUACUCUAAAAAGAGCUAAAACCACUGCUUCGGACACCCUCUCUCGUCCAGGUCUGUCCUAUACCGGUUACAACAGCCCUCAGCUGUCUGAAAGGGACAGCAUUUUCGCAACACAUUAUCUUCCUUCUGAUAACGAAGCUGCCAGUUCACCGCAACUUCCGCCCGUUGAAGCUGCCUAUCAUGAUGUUCCCUCAAAGCUGAACUCUGACAAUGCCUCUCCUUCCUCGUUUACUCCCAAGGCCCUCUCCUACCAACAUCGCGGCGACGACGCACACAUGGAAGUUGACGUCCGCAGAACACAGCCGUUACGCUCCGCGCCGCUCCUACCCUCCGACACUCCUUUCACAAUAUCGCCUAGCGAUUCAGAUGUGGGGCUAGAUGAGGACCUUGAUAGUUCUACCAGGAGACCGCAGAAGCAUACGUUGGACAAUAUUGCGCCCUACCGCAAAUCGUCUUUGCAUCUUCCGGGUGCGGGUGCGGCUGCCAGUGCACCGCCCCACGGCCUUCACCCGUCGCCUGUGAUUGAUGGUACGUCUCGUCCACAAGAAUUAAUGGUGACCUCCGACAAGCGAGCCACAAAUGCCAGUCCGGGGGGUAGUUCUCAUCAGAAACAAGGACAAUCGCCGUGGGAUUUUGCGAAGGGACCCAAAGUUGAGAGAAGUUCUAGUCGCAGUCGCCGUGGGAGGGUGGAGAACUCGAUUGAAGCCGACAUCACCAAUGCAGAGCAUGCUCCCUAUGUUCGCAGCCGUAAAUCGAGUCAUUAUCUAGGCCUGUUUAAAGAGAACACCGCCACGUCUCCGGAUCGCAAGCGAAGAGAUGACCGUUCCGCAAGGCAUGAUAAUUCCUCUGAGUCGCGGGGCAGGGAGCAACAUGGACCUCAUGCGGAGCAUCGUCACUCUCGGGACGACCAAUAUGAAGCGGACAGUUUCAAGCGACCAGAGGUUCAGGGUUCGAAACGUUUAUCACAGCUUUCGCUUGCUAAUAUCCCAAUGAUCAAGCCGUUCGCGGGUGGCGACUCUCAAGAGGAUUAUACAGCGGAGCAUGUUCCCGCUAAAUCUGAGCAGAAAAGGUUGCCGCGGAGCCUUCUUGAAGAAAUUCGGAACUUUCACCUUACUCCCGGCGGGGCAAGGGGGACGUCUUUCUCGAGAAGUAUCCCUACUCAGUACUCAGAAAGAAGCAAAGCCUUCCAUCCACGCUCUCCCUUUUCGGAUACAGAAGAACCCCAUGUCGGUUCAGGUCCUCUCGAUGAUGAGGAAGACGAGCAGAUCUCUUCUGCAGUGUAUUUUCCACACGAGCGAGUGACAGUCUCCGGUGAAGUCGAUCCCCUGCAGUCUAUUGAAGUGCAUCCACGUGACCUGCAUUCAUUUGAUGAGUCCGCGACGGAGGGGAGCCUCGUUCUAAAGCCAGAGAGACUUACUGCUCCGGAUGAGCCUGAAACUAAUCAUGUGGAUAUAUCCCUUCGAUCUAAGAAUGACAGUAGAAUUCUGCACGGCGAUCUUCAGGACAGGAAGACUCCAAUAGAAGAGCUAAAUGAGAAGUCUAUUGAUUCUAUGUUGCAGCGCCAAACUGAGUACUCCACUGAAGAAUCCGAAGCCUUCUCUGCAGACGACAGUGGAACAUCCGUUCGGGAUGAAGAGUCUAGUGUGACCGAUGAGGCUGAGGUCACACCAACGGCUACCCCCACGCAACGCCCACAUAUACCUCGGCCCCGGCGAAAGCAAGGCGCAGUAACACCAGUCGGAGCCGUGGAGUUGAAACCAUACCGGCAUCAGGUCGGCGGCCAUACAACGGUCUUUCGAUUUUCCAGGCGUGCUGUUUGCAAACAGCUCAAUAAUAGAGAAAAUGAGUUUUACGAGCGCAUAGAACGCAGGCAUCCCGAAAUGUUAAUGUUUCUCCCAAGGUAUAUCGGCGUUCUGAAUGUGACAUUCUCGAAGAAGCGCUCCAAGAAAUCUUCGGAGGCUCAGCUUGAACAAUCAGACGUUGAUGCUACAGAUGAUCCGCAAAAUAAAAAUACUGUCGCAACCACCGGACACAGUUUGCACGAAGCUGCGAAUUCUGUGGAGAAAGAGCGCAUUUUUAGCCAGAAACAAGUCACUGGUAUAGUACCUAAGGUGAUACUCGAAAAUAACCGCCAUAUUAUUCCUGUUGAUCUGUUCUCUCAUAAAAGACCUCGCACAGCGACUGCUGCGCUGUCUGACAUGCGCCCAUCCUCCAACGGGGCCGGGCGCACCACUAACCAGCGAAACCAUGAACAUGGUUCGUUGGAUGAAAAACUCUCCCACUCGCCAGCGAAAAAGACUUGGGGUGCUACCACUGUCAAUCGGAAACUACAAGAACAGGUUCUCAGAGAGGUAUUCAGCCCACCUGCCAUCCACCACCAUAGGCGCCAUGCCCGAGGACUCCUCAACCUACCGAGAACGACAUCUGAUGGCCAUCGUCGGAGCGCCAACCUUUCCGAAGGUCUUAUCACCCGUCAACCUCGCAUUAUGGAACAGAUGGAACCACCCCGAUCUCCUGCCAUUGACAUUGUAAAGAAAGGCAGCGACGGUCCUGGCCUCUCGUCGUCCGCUUCCACGGCUCUUGAGGGUGGUCAGCAGCACCUUGAAUCGGUAAGGUCGGAGGAGGCCGUCCCACGUUCUAGCUCGGUGUCGCGAACUCGAAGAGUACGACGUCGGCACUCCGGCAGUGGCCUGCAGAGGCGGGGAACAAUGGAUUCGGACAAGGGCGGCGGCGAAUUAAUCUUUUUCGAGGAUGAGGGAUACGGUGGUGACAAGGAGGAUGAAAUAUUCUCAAUGGAAAGUGACGCGCCUACGUCUUCUACCACACCUGGCGAAGCAAGGCUCUCUAGCUCCAGCCCGUCUAAAGGGAGUGACCUGAUUCCUCAAGAUAGGUGGACUUCUGGUGGUCCUGUCGUCGAAUCUUCGAAGAGCCCCGCUUUUCCAGGUUUCAACGACAAUAUAUUAUCGCAGCCUCCAGCCAAUCCAAAGGAAGCGCAAACAAGGAAAGAUGACAGGGUGCAGUUCUUCCUUCUGCUAGAAGAUUUGACUGCCGGGAUGAACAAGCCUUGCGUCUUGGACCUCAAAAUGGGCACUCGUCAAUACGGUGUGGAAGCGGACGACAAAAAGCGGAAGUCGCAGAGACGCAAGUGUCAGAACACGACCUCUCAGCAACUUGGUGUUCGGCUAUGUGGCAUGCAGACCUGGAAUGUGAAGAAGCAGGAAUACAUAUUUGAGGACAAGUACUUUGGUAGGGACUUGAAGUCGGGUCGUGAGUUCCAGGAUGCCUUAACACGAUUUCUCUACGACGGCGUUAGUUACUUAAGCGUUGCUAAGAAGAUCCCUAUUAUCCUCGACAAACUGGCGAAGCUGGAGAACAUGAUCCGGAAACUUAAGCGGUACCGCCUUUAUGCCAGUAGCUUGUUGAUCCUUUACGACGGCGAACAGAAUCCCCAACACAAAGCCUCUCAACAUGAAGCGGCUUCAAACGACAAUGCGAGAAAUCAUCUGCAACGCCGUACAUCUGAAGAUGGACAUAAUAACACCGAUGUUUCAUUGAAGAUCGUUGAUUUCGCGAAUUGUGUUACAGGUGAGGAUGAACUUUCGCCAAAUGCCCGUUGCCCACCUCAACACCCAGAUGAUAUUGAUCGUGGCUACUUGCGCGGGCUUCGUACCCUGAGAAUGUAUUUCCAGCGGAUCAUGAAAGAGGUUAGCCAAGAUGAAUAUCUCGAGAGAGGCGAAGGUGAAGGCAUAGCGCUCAACCCCCAAUCAUCGAGCAAUAACCCUACGUCUGACCGCUACUGGGAUGAAAGCGUCAUGGAUCAAGACCCAGGAGAGGUCAGCUUCUAA